GUUCGCCUUUUCACUCGAUGCAGUAGAGUUCAAUCGCGCGCGGCUACCGACCGAAGUUCGUAAAGAGCGCGUUCGUAAAGGUGGUGGUGGCGCGUUAUCAUCGGAGCGCAGACGCAGGUGCGGUGGUGGCAGGUGUAAAGAAAGCGCUAUCACCAAAUAGCAAAAAAAAACGCGACUUCUACUGCACGGACACGGUGUCACUAGAGCCAUGUGCGUCGCGCGCGGUUGUGUGACGUUCCUGAAAUAGAAACCCGCAUCGUAGCAAGCUGCUGCUGCUGUGCAUCGGCUGGCCGUCGUCACCGGCACGGACGGCACCACACAGUAACAGCAUCGGCAGGCGACGGGCCCCGAAUUCCCGCCCGAUUAUUGUUCUUACAUUGUUUGUGCUAUCUAAUCUGAACCGAAUCGGGCCCCACGACCACGAGCGAGCCGGUUGGUUGGCUGAGUGUAAUUGCCCGUGCAGCUGGCAACUUUGUUAUUGUGGGAAAAAUUUCGUGCUCUUCAACUGGUGCCAACCGAAAAUGUAGCUGUGAUUAAUUAGCAUAUUUACGUGGUGGCAACCACGUCAGUAGUUGGAAGAAACAUCUCAAAGUGACUUCCAGUAGUUUUGAAAUCAACUGUGAAUAGUUUUUAAUAGAACACAAGUUUUGCCAACAUCUUCCGAUUAUUAUGUAACUUCCCAAAAACACGGUGUACUUAUGCUUAAAAAAGUGAUCAAGAGUAAAGUUCAACAUAUCAGCUAAUACGUAAGCGAGAGCGAGAGGAGAGAUAGAGUGAAAGUACGGAAAUAUACCGAAACAAUAAAACUGCGCAACGAUCGAGUUACUAUCGGUCGGUGGUGGCGUGAAGUGGAAAACUCCUGCGAACAGUCGAGCACAACAAACGGCAACAAAAUGACUCACGGUCCGCCGGCGCGGAAACGGCCGCAGAACGGUUCAGCGACGGCCGCAGCGGAAGGCGACGACAGUCGGGAACAGUACGACAGUGGCCUGCCGACGCCCCCGGACGGCGGCUGGGGAUGGAUGGUGGUGUUGGCCUCGUUCUGCAUACAUAUUGUCACGGACGGUAUGACGUACUCCUUCGGCAUUUUCUACGUCGAGUUCCUGGACUACUUCAAGGAAGGCAAAGGUUACACGGCAUGGAUUGCUUCGAUUCUGGUUGGCGUCACCUUGUGCUCCGGGCCAGUUUCGUCGGCGCUUGUCAACCGGUACGGUUGCCGAGCGGUAACGAUUGCCGGUUCAGUGCUCGCCUCGGCCUGUCUGGCCGUCAGUGUCUACGCCAAAAGUGUCUUCACACUGUUCAUCACCAUCGGAUUCGGCACCGGAUUGGGUCUCGGUCUGAUCUAUCUGCCUGCCAUCGUCAGUGUGACAAUGUACUUCGAAAGACUGAGAUCCCUAGCGACCGGUAUUGCGGUUUGCGGUUCCGGGCUCGGAACGUUCAUUUUCGCACCGGUUACCGAAAUUCUGGUGACAAAUCUCGGUUGGCAAAAUGCGCUGCUGGUGAUGGCCGUUAUCGUUCUAGGUACUUCGCUAUUCGGUGCUAUGUUCCGACCGCUAAAGGCGCCCGAGCAACCCGUUGAAGCGGGCACCAAAGCUGAGUUACAACAUUCCAAAGCAGGUACGAAAAAAGUCAUAAAACUCCGACUCACAUUUAACCGAUAUCAUUUAGGAUCCAUCAACAAAUUGAACAACACAAUCGAAGAGGAGGAACAGACCAUAGUCCGAUCGCAAAGCUUCGGAAGCUCGCCGAAAAUCGCAUCCAAUACCAACGGCCACUCGAAGAGUGGCACCAGCUUAAACCGCAAGCUGAGCCAAGAUGAGGGAGUCCUCAGUCAACCGUUGGUCCCACAACCGACGACGUACGACCAGGUGGCGCUGAAACGGGCCGAAAGUGGUACCAUGUACCGAAAGGAUGCCCUCUACACCGGUUCCGUGCACAACCUGAGCGCAGCGUCCCGUCACGCGUCGCUAGCCAGCCUGCCAAAGGGUACCUACGGUUCAGUUGCCGGUGGCAGUCGAACUCUCGGUAAAGACGAACCCGUAGUCUGUUGCGGGUGCAUUCCAUGCUCACGGGAAACCGCCGAUACGCUGCAGGAAAUGAUGAACUUUUCGAUUUUGAAAGAUCCAAUCUUCAUCAUAUUUACCGUGUCAAACUUCCUGACAAGCGUCGGCUUCAACGUCCCGUACGUUUAUCUAGCCGCUCAAGCCAACUCGCUGAAUAUUGAUACCAAGCAGGCGAGCUACCUGUUGGGAGUCAUCGGCAUUGCCAACACCGUCGGUCGUAUCAUCCUCGGGUAUCUCUCCGAUAAGCCGUGGGUCAAUCGACUGCUGGUGUACAACAUGUCACUCACCAUCUGCGGUCUUGCCACUGCCUUCUCUGUACUGUGCCUCGACUUCUACAGCCUUGCAACCUAUUCGGCCAUCUACGGUUUCACAAUCGGUGCCUACGUCGGUCUUACCUCGGUCAUUCUGGUCGAUUUGCUAGGCCUGGACAAACUGACCAACGCGUUCGGUUUGCUGCUCAUGUUCCAGGGUAUUGCUUCCUUCCUUGGUCCACCACUUGCUGGAUGGCUGUACGACAUUACGCUGUCCUACAAUCCGGGCUUCAUCCUGGCAGGGGUGACCAUCGCACUCAGUGGUUUCAUCCUGUUUUCCAUUCCACCGCUGCAGCGACAUCUGGGCCGAACGAUGAUGAACGCUACGCCGCCGCCGCCGGCGGCGCCACCAUCAGCCGACAUUCCGCUGCAAGAUCGGUGAAAAACUGUAAUUCCUGCGAACGCACGCACGAAACUAACUAAAAUCAUGCUCAAAUAGUGUUACAAACACACAAACAAACAAACAAACACACACACAUACGUACGUACAGACAAACACAGAAUAAAAAGGGAACAAUAUGCGGCGUCGAGGACGCGAAGGAGAACGUAUCAAGCGAUUCGGGCUUGUUGUGAUAGUUAAAUGAAUUUGUUCCCGCCCCCCCCCCCCCCUCCAGGCCCUCCUUAGUAGGUUUAAGGAAUCCAUUUUAAACCAAUUGUAACUAAUUAUGGUGCAGCAGCGCCAGCAGCAGCAGCAGCAAUUACAGGAAUUAGUCGUUACUCGGUUCAAGCGUAGUUCGAUAGGUUUUUGUUUUCUAACAUUACUCGACAGACGACAAAAAAGGCAGGGAAAGUGCAAACAUAUCGAGGGACCUUCCGAUGGUGGUGCGUGCUGUUUGGGAGAUUGAUUUUCAUGUGCUAGGUUCAAAUUUAGAUUAAGAUUCGAGUGGGGAAGGUCGAGUCCGAGAGAAAGAGAGCGCUCGUGUGUGUGUUAAGAAUGUAUAUUGUUCCAGUUCCAGUUUUUUAUUUCUUCUCUCGACUAUUUUACUUCAGGAACGAACGUGUGUGGUAGAGGCUUUCGUGCUGAAGGUUUCUUGAUUAUGAAUAAAUACUAGCUAAUUGUAAAGAUUAAUCAAUA